GCGAAGGGGUGGUUCGCAGAGCGGUACCCUAACUUAUCCAAAUAGGAAAAAGUCCAACCUCUUCGAUCAUAUUUCCACAGUCCUGCGGUAGGAUCCGUCUACCACUGUUGACUUGAUGAUGUCAGUGGUUGUAGAUCACGCCGUAGCAUUCCUCGAUGCCUCAAACAACGCCGGGCUCGACGAGAAUAUGCUCAAGGGGAGACAAAGUGCCAUGACGAAUUCCAUAACGCUCAGAAGGCAUUAGGUGAUCGAAAUGAAAUGGAAGAAGAUAAGAUGUGGGAGACGGAUAAGAAAAAUCAGAGGAUCUUUGGGAGAAGAUGUGCGGGAUCACGAAAGAAGUAGGGCAUCUUCGCGAGAUCAAGGAUGUCAAAGACGAGCUGAGAGUGAUUCGAAAGGUUCUUGAGGACAAAGAGGCGGUGAUUAACCAGUAUCGAGCCCAUCAGAGAGGACCUCAUCGCCCGAAAAGGAUGUACUGGCCAGCCUGAAGGACAAUCUCUAUUUUCGAGUUUCGAAGAUCAAGCUGCUUUUUCGGGAUGCGUCCUUGGUGGAAAGCUGG